AUGUCCGCCGAAACCCGUGACACGGCUAUCCGCGAAGCCAAGAUCUUCGUUCGCGAAGUGACCCGCAACGACUGGGAGUUCAACCCCGCCGACCCCGACAGCUCACACCCCGCCCCCGCCUCUUCAACGUCAUACGAGUCCAGUACGCUCUCGCAUGGUCGCGAGGUCUCUGAAUGGCGCGUGCGGGAGUUUGACAGCUCCGGCUCGGAGCUCGAGCCGCAGUCAUCGGACCAUGAGCUUGAUAUGGAGUCGCCCUCUGCGUUGAGGGCGGCUGGGGACCCUGGGAUCGAGCGGCGCCGCAAACGCCGCAGGCAGAUGGAGGAAGAGAUGUCGUGGAACGAGGGCCUGCGAAUGUGGAUGGCGAGACGGGAUGUGUGGGCAGGAGCCCGGACACGGCGGCAGCUUCGGGCUACGGAGGACCGGCGAAAGAGGGCGGGUGGAGGGCAGCCCCAUAAAAGCAAUCAAGCAGAUGGUGUGAACGGUGUCAGUUCCUCGGAUAAUACUGGUGCUGGCACAGCUUCGCCGUCGUCGGAUCAAAAAGACCAUGUGGAAGGUCACGAUGCCCCUGCCCAAACAGCACAAACGGAUUCGGCUCCCGCCGCGGACCGAGAGAAGAAUGAAGAAUUGCAACGCCAGCCAGCACAAGACCAGGAAGAAGAGCAAUCCACUGCGCCAGACGAAGAGACCAAGCGAAAAGAGUCGACGGAAACCAGCAUCACCGAGCCUGAUGCCCAGGCCUCGUCCACUGAUCCGACCCAACUGACGAAAUUUCCGACAAUCAACGAUGAAGACGAAGACGAAGACGAAAUCGAAGAGGAAGAACUCGAUGAGCCUCUCCUCCCUGUGGCUCCCUCGUUCAUCUCACCCACAAAUCCCAUCCGCUCCACCAUCAACCCGUCUAUCUACCCGUCCAUCUACACCAAGGUCGUCGUGCAGGGCAUGACCCCGACUAUCCCCGUCAACCUCGCCGACUUGACCAAGUCUAUGGUCCAGGGCUGGAAGACGGACGGACAAUGGCCGCCCAAACCUGCCGUGUCGUCGAUUGUGCUUGCCGACGACGCAACUGUCCCUAAGAAGGACGCUGAUCGAACGCCGUCCCAGUCCCGGAGGAAAAAUAGCAUCACCAAUGCCGUGCGCAAGGUAUUCCAUUUCGGAUCGCACCCCUUCCACCGUCGGGGAUCAAACAGCAAUGAUGCCGGCGCGGGUAAUGGCACUGGUCCUGUUGUUUAG